AUGCGACAUACCUUCCAAGACCUUUCACUUCAACCACUCAGUGAUGAAUACAGUCGCAAGUCUGGCGGUCUCAAAAUGCGUCCAUUCCUGGUGACGGCUCUGACAGUGCUGGCCCUUGUGGUGAACGGUGUAGUAGGACAAUGCAGCACUUUUCAAACGCAAGUCAAUGUCUCCAUGUGCAACUGGCAGGGGCUUCGUGCCACUGUCUUGCGCGAUACGUUAUAUUUAGAUGGAGGGAGAAUUUGGUACCAACAGGGACACGACGAUGGUUGCCCUGGUUAUGUGGAAGGUGACACAUUGAUCGCCAAUCUCUAUUACCUCAAUCUUUCCACCCCGUUCAACACGAGCUCCGAUUUCAUAAAUACUCUCAGCAAUAUGUCCAUCACCAGCGGUGCUGCAAGUAACAUCGCACCAAACUAUGUUGGCGGUGCGAUGCUGUCUAAUGACAACGAAUUUUAUCUCUAUGGGAGGCGCAGAGUCAGUAGUACCGAUCCACCUUCUGAGGAUCGGGUUCUCUCAUACAAUGCCUAUCAGUAUGGCGCACACAAGAGCAUUUGGGCUGCUGGUUGGACGAACGAGGAGCUCUCUGAAAAUGUCACGCAACGCAUCACCAACGGAGCCGGCGCAUCUGCCCCGAGCGAAAAUCUAGGUUUCUACUUCAGUGGCAUGCGUGCAUCAGAUUGGGGUGACUUCACUUAUGAUGAUGCCGACGCUAACAAAACCGCCGAUACGCUCAUCACCGUGGAUAUGUCCGAGAUGCGCAAAGGGGAGUGGAGCAAUACCACGCUACCGAGCUAUAUUCCUGGUCGCUCGAGCGCGGAGCUAGUCUGGGUGCCUGUAUCGGAGUCUGGGGUUUUGGUCGCCAUAGGCGGAGUCAUCAACCCGAGCAGUAUCCUUGGAAAUGAGAAAUCGAACUCCACACAAACAGACGAGAGCAAGGAGAUAAGCCCAACUUUCAUGGAGACAGUCUCUGUGUACGAUGUUGAGAGCAAGACUUGGUACCUCCAGAACACGACAGGAGAUACACCUCCACAGCUGACAGAGUUUUGUUCCGUUCUUGCAAGUGCCGCAGAUGGUUCAUCCCACAAUAUCUAUAUCUAUGGGGGCUAUGGUGGUCUCAAGAAGUCUGCCAACCCUUCAGACGAUGUGUAUAUCUUGUCCUUGCCAUCCUUCAAGUGGAUCAAAGCAUACAGCGGGACAAGCACCCACAGUCGCCGUGGACAUCGGUGUCUCAAGAUAUAUCCUGAUCAAAUGCUUGCAGUUGGGGGUCUACAUGUCGAUCAAAGCCACUGCCUGGAGGGAGGAAUCAUUGUUGACUUCAAUCUCAAUACCCUGAAGUUCCAGGGUGAAUAUGACCCUGCCAAAUGGAGUGACUACAAAGUUCCAGACCUGGUUACUGCCAAGAUUGGUGGCAACUCCGAUGGAGGUGCAACUACUACAGCUCCAUCCUCUUGGACAAACAGCUCCCUAGCCGGUGUUUUUGGAAAGAAAUACUCCAAAAAAGUGGACAGCUACUGGCCUUACAACACCGAUACCUCGACGAAGGAAGAUGAUGAUAAUGGAGGGGGCGGAUUCCCUGGAUGGGCUGGUGCAAUCAUCGGUGUGGUCCUUGGUCUGCUCAUCAUCGCUUUCCUUGUAGGAUUUUGGCUUUGGCGCCGGCGCCAGAGGCAGCGCCAGGCUAAGGCAGCAGAAAAAGGAAAGGAAAAGGAAGAUGACAACAAAGCUUCCCCGGAAUGGAUGUAUGGUGGUGGUCCGACUUCUCCUGGACCAGGCCCAGUCUCAACGUCUACAGGCGUGGAGACAACCGAAACAUCGAGAACACAGCCGUCAACAGUGCAGCCAUCGGUAGCCCAUGCUUCGGUGGCACCUUCAUCAGUAACAGAGCCUUCAACUGUACAAACUAUACCUGAUUCUAUUGUCUCGCCAAUCACCCCCGGGACAGUGGAGGCUGGAGGGGAUGAGGUGUAUGAGAUGCACGACUCGUCGCCUGUCGAACUCCCGACUGCUUUCAACGUUUCCUACUUCGCUCCCAAUAUGACUCCACAGCUCAGCCCCAAACGAAGUUCCCUAUACCCGAUUUCGCCAAUGACCCCCGAGACCGAUUCCGAAUGGUCAUGGCCUGUAGGGCACCAUCGGCGACCCUCCUCACUUUCACUCGGAUCGUCCUCAAUCGAUGAUAUCGUGACUAGCAGGACAUCCCACUUCCACGAGAGCUUUGAAAAUGUGGAGGAUACGCGCCGGGCACGCCACGGAUCCGGGGUUUCAGACUCGAGCGAUGCUUCGAAUGAGAGAGCACAAAGGUUAAAGAACGAGACAGUUCACGAGGAUCGUUAG